AUGCAGGCAACAGCAACGCCAUCACAACCCGCCCCACCAAAAUCAUACAAUUUCAGCCUAGAGGAUAUGAAAAACACGAAAAUAUUCAAUAACCAACCGGCUUCUCCGUUAUACUCAGUGGUCACCGACAUCAAGUCAGACAAGCGGACUGACAUCUUUGAUGCUCGUGGCAAUCGCCUGUUGGCUCGGAUCGAUAGGAGAGAUAUCCUGCCAGACACCAUCACGUUUCCUAGUAGAAAUGGUGGCUCUUCAAUAAACCUUAGUAAAUGGCUGCAAAAAAGCAAGCUUGAGAAUGGAUAUCACGUCCACUCCAUCGAGACUGCACAUGGAACCUACGUUUGGAAGUCAGACGCCGAAUACCGACUUGCUCUGUAUCGGAAGGGUGACAUGUCCAACCCUAUUGCGCACCUCCAACAGGGAACACGAACCCAAAACUUCGCAGUAAUCAUGCAGGGAGAAGCGGAGCACAUUCGCGACGACGUUAUCAUAUCCUUUUUGAUUCUCGAACAGCGCCUAAGAAUAUCUGAGAAGAACAUCGCCGUCGGCGGGGGCAAGUUCGAGCAAAAUUGA